CGCGUUAGUUCGCUACGCAGCGGUGUGGAGAGUGAAUCGCAGGCCUGGACCUCAGGGAACCGAGCCCACGCAGAAGGGCCAAAAUACUGGCUGCCUGGUUCAGGACCGGACAUCUAGCCAGCCUACAGACUUGGAGCUUCAGAGUCAUGACUACAAAGGAGUCAGGAGGUGCCAAAGCAGAGUCGGCUCUCUCUUCAUCAGCCAAUCCGAGCAAGCGUGUGUCUGAAAAACCAAACUAUGCUCUGAAAUUUACUCUGGUGGGACAUACGGAAGCAGUAUCAUCAGUUAAGUUUAGUCCUAAUGGAGAAUGGCUGGCAAGUUCUUCUGCUGAUAAAGUAAUUAUAAUUUGGGGCGCCUAUGAUGGAAAACAUGAGAAAACACUUAAAGGACACAAUUUGGAAAUAUCAGAUGUUGCCUGGUCAUCAGAUUCCGGUCGUCUUGUUUCUGCCUCAGAUGAUAAAACUCUAAAGAUUUGGGAUGUGAGAUCUGGAAAAUGUUUGAAAACGCUUACAGGGCACAGUGAUUAUGUUUUUUGCUGUAAUUUCAAUCCACCAUCUAACCUCAUCAUUUCAGGAUCUUUUGAUGAGAGCAUGAAAAUAUGGGAGGUGAAAACAGGAAAGUGCCUUAAGACUUUGUCUGCUCAUUCCGACCCAGUUUCUGCUGUUCACUUUAAUUGUAGCGGGUCCCUGAUAGUGUCAGGUAGCUAUGAUGGUGUCUGUCGAAUCUGGGAUGCUGCAUCAGGUCAGUGUUUAAAAACACUUGUUGAUGAUGAUAACCCUCCUGUCUCUUUUGUAAAAUUUUCUCCAAAUGGUAAAUAUAUUCUCAUUGCAACUUUGGACAAUACUCUUAAACUAUGGGAUUACAGCAGAGGCAGAUGCCUGAAGACAUAUACUGGUCACAAGAACGAGAAAUACUGCAUAUUUGCCAGUUUUUCAGUUACUGGUGGAAAGUGGAUUGUGUCUGGUUCAGAGGAUAACCUGGUUUACAUUUGGAACCUUCAGACUAAAGAGAUUGUACAGAAAUUACAAGGCCAUACAGAUGUCGUAAUCUCAGCAGCUUGUCAUCCUACAGAAAACAUCAUUGCGUCAGCAGCAUUAGGAAAUGACAAAACAGUUAAAUUAUGGAUGAGUAAUUAAACCCUUUAGAAAUCAAGUAGUAGAGUCAAAUCGGCCAAAAAAAAAAAAAAAAAAGGUUAGGUAUUAUAAAAGAUGGUUUCCUCUCAAUUUUGGAAUGGUUUUGUAUUUUUUUUAAAACAUUGCCUUGAAUUACAAGAUUUUAAGACCUCAAUUUGCAAAGCAACACAGUUGGAAAAGCAAGUCUAGAUCCCAGGGCUUCUGACUUUAAUCUUGAGGUCUGUUAUUAAUCUCUUGUGUCUGUCCUUGAGCAGAUUCUCAUUCUGUUCCUCUCAGUGACUAUUCUAGAGGAUCACUGUAUUUGACAAAAAUUUAGAAGUAAGGCUCACAAGACAGGAUGACUGAUUAAAUGAGGGUAGCAAUGGAGUCUGGAAUAACUCCAGGGUGUUUGGUUUGGGCGAGCAGAUGAAUUAAGAGAAUAAGCCUAGGAUGGUGGUGGAUUGGAGAUUUAUGUCAGAUGCCACUCACACACUUUAAGUGAUAGCCUACACGAUGGGACGUGAAAUGGUCCAUGGAAUCAAGUUUGUAAAUUGGGAAAAAUAAGCAAUGGUUGUGUUUGUUCUGAGAGUCUAAAAGUUUUAAGUUUUUAUCAAAAUAAAAAUAAACCAGAACAAAAUUAUAAAGGCAUUUUACUGAAGGACCUCUCACUACCUUGUCAGACUGCCCUCUCCUGAUUCUCAGGGCAAGCUCAAUGUCUGUAUGAGGCUGCUCUCUUUCAUUAGGUCUGACCUAACCCUACCCAUGCUACAGACUCAGUUCAGAAAAUCACCACUUUGUGUAACCAUCAGUGGCUGCCUGCCUGACAGCUAAAUUCGCUUUUCUUGCUUCUUGCUAUAGCUUCUGUUAUAAAAUUCAAAAUGUAUCAUUUACCAAUUUGUGUUGUAAUGGUUUCAUGGGCCAUGUGUCUGGUAAACUAUGAGCUCUGCGGAGUCAAGUAUGUUUUAUUUAUCUUUGUAUUCUCACUUUUUGUAUAUAGGAGGGACUCAAGUAAUGUUUGAUGAAUGACAAUGAAUUAUACCACCAUCACAACUUCAUUCCUUACCUGCUUUCAAUAAGUUUUCGGAGUCAAUUCCCUAUACUGUUACUUUUGUUGAUUAAAAGUAUCUAACCAGGGCUUCCCUGGUGGCGCAGUGGUUAAGAAUCCGCCUGCCAAUGCAGGGGACACCGGUUCGAGCCCUGGUCUGGGAAGAUCCCACAUGCCGCGGAGCAACUGGGCCCGUGAGCCACAACUACUGAGCCUGCGCGUCUGGAGCCUGUGCUCUGCAACAAGAGAGGCCGCGACAGUGAGAGGCCCGCGCACCGCGAUGAAGAGUGGCCCCCGCUCGCCGCAACUAGAGAAAGCCCUCGCACAGAAAUGAAGACCCAACGCAGCCAUAAAUAAAUAAAUAAAUAAAUUAAAAAAAAUAAAAAAAAAAAAGUAUCUAACCAUAGCCUCACAUGUUAACUUUAUUCAAACAGGGCUUACAGGAAAUAUAAAGUGGAAAAUGUUUUCUGCCCAUUUUACCUAGAGAGACAUGAUAAACAUGAAAAAAUAAUCUAGGAAUUAAGCAAAACAUAGUACAAUGAUCACUUAAUUGAAAGUAGGUAUUAUAGAAUACAAAAGAAGACGGUUUUGCCCUUGUUGCUUUUAAUAGUGCUCAUGAAAUAUUUGCUUGACAAGUUGUAAGCAAUAUAAGAUAGUAGAGUUACUAGUAGGUGAGUGACUGCUAAGAAGUUAAUAAGUGAGGGUACUGGGAGAAGUGGGAUUAGAUAGGGGCAGGUCCUAAAUACUGGUCAUGAAAUUUAUAUUUAACCCAAAAAGAGGUAGUCACUAUAAGUUAUUGAAUAGGAGAGUUGACACAAAAUGAGAAAUGAUUAUAUAAAUUCUUGCUGCAUGGUAGCAUUUUUGAGCUUUGACUUAAUCAUACAUUUUAUUACAAUGUAUCUCCAAGAUACAACACUUUAAAAUGCUUCUUUACAAGUUAAAAAUGGUAUUGUUCUAUGAAGAAAGAUAAUACACUUUUAAAAAGAAGUACAUUAGAUUUUACCCAUAUUUAAAACCCAUAUUUAGAUAAGAUGUAACAUGUGUUCCAAAAUAAUCAAGAAAAACUAAUCUGCUAAAAUGUAUACAAAGCAAUGCUUUUUGAUGAUAAAUUUGCAAGUGAUAAAAAUCGAAGAGCUUGAUAUCUAAAAUGAAGCUAAGGUCAGAGUACUGUGAAGUAUAUAGACAGACACAAUUAACAUCAUCAGAUAGAUUAUGAAGCUGUCGGUAGAGUGGUGCAUUACAUUUUACCGCGUAUUUUAUUAAACCAAAUUCCCAAACAGCUGCAUACAUUACUUUUUAAUCUGCUAUAACCCUCUGAAGAGAACCAGCAGGUUGGGAUGUUUAUGCGGACCUGCCAUCCGUUAAUACUAUUGAAGCACAUGAGAAUAAAUGAAAUACUUAAAUAGAAACCAGCAUCCAUACCUAAGUGUGAGACAACUUGGCACCCUCGUCGAACUGUAAAUAAGAUACAUACCAGAUGCAAAUGCUUAUUUUUCAACACUAAUUUAAUAAGAAAAUGCAUUUGACAGAUUUGCAUAACUGAGAAAUUUAGUGUAAAGGCAGAAAGAAAAGGACCGGUUGGGAAUUGUAAGCCAUGGAGCAGAAGAGGUGACUGUGCUGGCCCCAAGCAACUCCAUGGCGCUGGGAUUUCAAAAUCCUCAGAAACUUGUGGCCAGACCUCCAUCAUCACCUUGCCGGGACUUUUUCAAAGACUGUUCUCCUAAAAGCCUCUGUCUACCAGCACGCCUGACAAAGGCAUAGUGUGGUCUCGCUGCUGCCCAGGGCUCUUGAGAAACACCAGGGCAUUUGGGAAGGUUAGCGCUCCAACGUGCACCUGGGCAGUGUACUCAGCUGGCCCUCCUUAUCGCUUCAGAAAUGAGGACACAGAAGAGAGAGAAAUGCAGAACUAGAAACCAUUUGGCUUCCGGGGAGAUGUCACUUUGGUAAUGGGAAUUAAAGUAAGAUACGGGACCUGACUCUCUAAAGAAGAGUUAAUAUUAAAGUUCAAGUAAGUUGUCUCACUUUUCAUUCUUUCAUUUUCUCAAAAAAGCUGAGGCUGCAUUUAACCUGGAUCAAAGCCGUAAAAUAUAGACAAGUCAUUUCUUUAAGAAAAUUUAUUUGUAGCUCUAGAGCAGAAUUAGGGAACUCAUACCACAUUCAUUUUAAUAAGGCCUGUUACUGCAACAUUGUUUCUAGAUUUUCAAAAUCCAGCCAACAUGGAUAUCUCUGCUACUCUGUUUUG